AUGAGCCGUCGAACAAGCAUGCGGCAGCUUACCAGUCAUAACCUAUCUACCUUUCGCCGGCAACCGUUCGCGGAAAUUUCAGGAUCGUUGGGCGACCUGGGAACUUUCCUUCCCAUUGUUAUUGCCCUUACCGGAGGGCACCAGAUAUCUUUGACUACGACAUUGAUAUUCACCGGGGUAUACAACAUCUUGACGGGGUUUCUCUUUGGAAUUCCCUUGCCCGUCCAACCGAUGAAAGCUAUUGCAGCGGUUGCCAUCCUUAACAACCUCACGGCAGGACAGACGGCUGCAGCGGGCAUUUUUGUCUCCUCCUGUAUUCUUCUUUUCAGCAUCACUGGACUGCUUUCCUGGUUCACCCGCGUUAUUCCCAUUCCCGUGGUCAAAGGUAUUCAAGUUGGAGCUGGCCUGAGUCUGAUCAUAAGUGCGGGAUCCAAAACGCUGUCUUCUCUAUCUUGGACUGGACCAUCAUGGGCGGACAAUUACAUCUGGAUGAUUGUGGCAUUUCUGGUGCUAUUUGCCAUCAGUCUACGACCUCGGACACCAUACGCCUUGAUCUUGUUUAUCCUCGGCAUCAUUUUCGCAAUCAUUCGCGUCAGUGCUAAUCCGCAUCACCAUCUACCUGGAUUUCGGCUGUGGCAUCCAUAUGUGCAAAGCCCUUCAACGUCGGAAUGGAAGACUGGUAUACUUGAUGCUGGCGUGGGGCAGCUACCGUUGACGACAUUGAACUCGAUUAUCGCUGUCACACACCUCGCCGCGGAUUUGCUGCCAGAUGUGCAGACACCUUCUGUAACCUCUGUGGGGCUCAGCGUCGCUGCUAUGAAUUUGUUCGGGUGCUGGUUCGGCGCAAUGCCCGUCUGUCACGGUUCUGGAGGCCUUGCUGCCCAGUACCGAUUCGGUGCAAGGUCUGGAGCGAGCAUAAUAUUCCUUGGUCUGCUCAAGCUACUCGUUGGGAUUCUGUUUGGCGAGAGCCUCGCAGACCUGCUGCGCAAAUUCCCAUUGGCAUUGCUGUCAGUCAUGAUCAUUGCCGCUGGCUUAGAGCUAGCAAGCGUAGGUGAAAGCCUCAACACACCGCGAGCAAGAGAUCUUUACAAGGAAAGAGCUCGUUCCACAUCUUCACCCGAUCUCACAGAUGAAGAAAGGAGGAACAGGUGGACGGUGAUGCUCGUGACUGCAGGGUUACUUAUUGCAUUCAAAAACGAUGCAAUUGGCUUCAUUGCUGGCAUGUGCUGUCAUUGGAGCUACCAUUUCCCAUCAUAUAUUGCUAGCAUGCGUCGUGACAGGACAUUGUCGAGGGAGAACAAUUCCGCGACACACGACGAGAAUCAGGCUCUGCUACCACGAUAG